AUGGCGAAUUCGACAAAUGACUCGUCUCGGGCUGAGACUACGACAAUGAAUCUGUUUCACGGCGCACGAUUCUGGCUAUCUCUAACUGUUCCACAAAGGCCGAGAUUUAAAGAAUUAAUCAAGCAAUAUGGUGGCACCGUUGUGCUGAUGGAGAAGGAUGCCGAUGUGAAGCUGGUGGAUCACACAAGGAAAGACCUGCCUAGGGACACUUUCUCCUAUCAAUAUGUAGAGCGUUCUAUCGACAAGGGACGACUCGAGGAUCUAGAAGCCCACCGGGCUGGCCCAUCCGCACCUCGUCCAAUGGGUGCAUCGAACAUCCCGACGAAAAGCACAAGAGCGUACUACACCUUGAAAGACGAUCAGAUUUUGUUCGACUGGGUUGAAAGCUAUAAACUAGAGCCAACGACGCCUGUCCAAGGCAACAUAAUAUACCAGGAAUUAGGUGAACUGUACACCCGUCAUCCAUGGCAGUCCUGGCGUAGUAGAUAUCUGAAGCACGUGCGUGGUAAGGGCCGUCCAGGGGGCGGCACCCCAUUAUCAUAUGACGAGCUCUUACAGUCCGCGCCAUCCCAAGCCGAACGUCCAAAGACCUUAAUUAGCUCAAGGGUCCACCGGCUGGCGCCACCUGCUCCAGCCCAAGCAAGUACAGCAGACAGCCCAAAACGAAAACGAGAUCCCGUCCCUGAACCGCCGAAUCAACGGCGGAGGGAUGUUUCACCUAUGAAAAGAAGAGCAAUCGAGCCUACUGCAACUGCGGGCCCCUCCUCACGUCGUCCCCGUCCUGAUAGCCGGGGACCCCCAGAGUCAUCAAGCGUGGCAGCCACACCACCCUUUACUACACGACCAGAAAGAGGCUCUCCCAGUGUGUUGUCGUCAGAUACAGGACCCCUUCAAGGCCUUGGGAUUCCUGAUAUCUUCCCAGUCCCAAGCCCUUCCAUACAAACCCCUCGUCGCGUCACACACGGGAAUUCACAACGACCAGCUAAUGUAGCAGAACCGCCAGCACCGCCAGCCCCACCGCGGCCAUUGGGGGACAAUGCCUUCGCACAGUCUGGCCGAUUCAAGAAACAGACACCGAAACCCAGACCACUCGUCAAGGAUAUCAUCGAAGACCCAGUGGACCCUGUUUUCCUAGAACUCCCAUUCUUGCCAUCGAGCCCUGCAUCCGAGACGGAUGACGAUGACACCUCGGAUGCACCGGACGUCGAUACUUGGAUUGAUGAACGCCUGGCCCUAGGUGCCAAAGAAUCCCAUGUGUUCGAGGCUCUGCAAUGUACAAGCAUGGUCCCAGAGAUGGCAGAUAAAGUUCUCAAAUACCUCACCGCUGGCAAGGGUAUUCCCGAUGAUAUGCCCGGGGUCUGGACAGCCGAGGACGACAGCUGUUUACAAGCGGGGGAAUAUUCGCGUGUGCAGCGAGCGUUGACAAAACACGGCUCAGAAGCGUACAAAGAUAGAUGGGAAUAUUUCAGAAUGGCCCGGCAGACAGGGCUCAUUGAAUGA